AUGGCUCAAAUUCCGGAGAAGCAAGUGAUGGUGGUCGGCAUGGACGACAGCGAUUAUAGUACCUACGCUCUUGAAUGGACUUUGGAUCAUUUGGUUACACAAUCACCAAAUCCAAUCUUCAAACUUGUUCUUGUUCAUGCGAAACCUUCUGUUAGUUCUAGGGUUGGAUUCGUUGGACCUGGAGCUGCUGAGGUGCUGCCAAUUGUGGAUGCCGAUUUGAAAAGAACUGCUGCGUUGAUUAUUGAACGAGCUAGAGAAAUCUGCACCAAGAGAUCGGUAAAAGACAUAGUUGUGGAAACCGUGGAAGGUGAUCCUAGAAAUGUUCUUUGUGAUGCUGUGGAGAAGCACCACGCUUCAACAUUGGUUGUUGGUUGUCAUGGUUAUGGAGCUUUAAAAAGGGCGGUUUUAGGCAGUGUGAGUGACUAUUGUGCUCAUCAUGCUCAUUGCACUGUGAUGAUUGUGAAGAAACCAAAAACCAAACACUGA